GUCAUCAUUUGAAUAUCGUUCACCCUUUUGCUCUCUGUCUGUAGAGAUUAUUAUAUAUAGAGAUAUCACCCAAAACACAGCUUAACAUAAGCUCAUGACAGCUCCUUCCUGACGUUCUUAUCUCUUUCUUGGCUCUCCUCCUCCCCACCGCAGCUCGUGCUGCUUCCUCCCUCUUUCCUUUCUUUAAGUCCCUAUAUAUUGCCCUUCACUGCAGUCCAUUUGACACAGUUCGGCGUCUCGAAUCUUUCUUUGCUUCUGGGUCAAUCUGAGGAAGCCCUAGUACAGCUAGCUGAUCAAGAAAGGGGAAGGAAAAAGGAAAAAGAUUUGGUUUUUCGAGCUGAGUUUGGUUGAAGACAGUUCUUGGAAUCGCCUCCCGCUAUGGAUUACUCUUCCUGCAUCAGUACUUCGCUGGAUCUCAAUAUUAAGCCGCUCAGGGUUCUUGAUGAAGCUCCGAAGAGAGAGCCGCAAGAGACCAACUUUAUGGAUUUGGGUUUAAAUACCUCUGUCAAAGAAGAGGCCAGUACUGGUGCUUUGGUUGAGGAACUGAAUAGGGUGAGUGCUGAGAACAAGAAGCUCACACAGAUGCUGACCGUCAUGUGUGAGAACUACAAUACAUUGAGAAGCCAAGUGAUGGAUUACAUGAGCAAGAAUGCUGAGAAGGAGCUCAGCCCCUCCAAGAAAAGGAAAUGCGACAGCAGCAACAACAAUGGCGACAACAAUGCUAACAUGCUUACAAAUGGAGCUUCCGAGAGCAGCUCAACAGAUGAAGACUCAUCUAGGAAACCGAGGGAGGAAAAAAUCACAGCUAAAAUCUCAAGGAUCUAUGUGAGGACCGAAGCAUCUGACACUAGCCUGAUAGUGAAAGAUGGGUAUCAGUGGAGGAAAUAUGGUCAAAAGGUGACCAGAGACAACCCAUGUCCUAGGGCUUACUUCAAGUGCUCUUUUGCUCCAAGCUGCCCAGUCAAGAAGAAGGUGCAAAGGAGUGUUGAGGACCAAGCUGUUCUGGUAGCUACAUAUGAAGGUGAACACAACCAUCCAACUCAGAUGGAGGAAACAUCGGGCUCAAGCAGGUGCAUGGCCAUUGGAUCAGUGCCCUGCUCAACCUCACUCAACUCAUCUGGACCAACCAUCACUCUUGACCUCACCAAAUCAAAGUCCCCCAUCGAUUCCCCAAUCAACAACAACAACAACAACAACAACAGCAGCAACAACAAAACCGCCUCAAAACCCAAGACGGAGUCGCCCGAAAUCCAAAGGUUUCUGGUGGAGCAGAUGGCCUCAUCCCUCACGAAAGACCCCAGCUUCACUGCUGCCCUGGCUGCAGCCAUUUCAGGGAAGAUCUUCCACCAGAAUUCGCCCGGGAAAUGGUGAAAAAAUCAGGCAAGGGUCUUUAGGUUUUGAUUUUGCGCUGUAAAUGGAUUGAAAGUGAAAGGUUCAAAAAGAAAGAAGAGGGGAAAUUUUGCUCUGCUACGUUGGAAGCUGUCAUCCAAGAUUUUGGAAUCAAGUUGCUCAAAUUGGACAGUCUAGUCCAAGCAGUCCAACUCAAAGUGGUGGGCUGUUCGAGUCGUCUUCCACAACUUGUUGAAAGAGCUAGCAGUCUUUGCUUUUUUUUCUUCUUUUGUCACGUGUAGCUUGCUUUUCUUGACUUCCCUUGUGGGGCCAAAUUUGAGAAGGGAGGGGGUGCUCUGACCGCUCCCGUGCAAUAAGAUUGGGAAAGCAACGUUCGUGGAAAUUGGAUGCAUCUUCCAACUCAGCCGGAACUGCCAGUCUUUGGUCUUCUCUUUUGCCAAAGAGUUGAAGAGAAGUGGUGGUAAUAUCCUGAUUUUCAUGUUUGGAGUCUAGAUAGGACAAGCACAAGAAGAGAAGCUCCUGUAGUAGGAAGAGAAACAGAUAUCUUGUAUACAUUAAUCAUGGAUUAGCUCAGGAACCCUUGUUAUUGGAUAUAGAAACUGCCCGAUUAGUUGGAUAUAGAAACCGCUCGAUAAGUUGGAGCAAUUGCUCGGCGUAUAAAUAGAUUCCGAGUAUGGUUUUCGACAA